AACCCCAACAUUUAGUUCAAAAAAGCUCGAAAAUAAUGCAUUUGUCCCGCUACUUUUACAUUGUUCCAGCAGAAAAAGGAUAAUUUACUUCAAGAGAGUGCAUCAAGCGAGACUCAGAACAGUAUAGCUCGAAUGGCGAAGGAAUGAAGAAGCUCGAAUGGCGACUCGCUAACACAACGCAAAGCCGGCAAAUUUGAAAAUUGUUUGGAGUCAUUGAUUCAAACGAUUCCGUAAAAAACCUUCAAAAGAAACACUGGAUCUGUUUUCCAGCAAGUGACUGUAUGAAAUGCUAAGUAGAACAAAAAUAUUUCUCUCCAUUGCUCUGCCUGCCGUUGCUGCUUCUGCCAUCGUUUUAGCAUUUCUAUGGCGGCGUAAAGAUAUAGAUAUUCCUUCUAUCAAGACAAACCAAAAGCCAAACUUAGAGGACGAAAAUGAGACUAGCAAUAACGAAACACUAAAGGAAGAAGAAGGUGAUGAAAAAGACUUGAAUGAAUCUCAAUUUUCUCAAGACGACAAUGACGAAAAUGGCUCUGUUAACUCUGAGAGACUCGAGCAAGAAGAACAUGAGGAAGACGAGGUCGAUACGACCCCAAACAAUGGUGAACAGAUGACAGAAGACGACGAUUCUCAUCCGUUUGAAAAUGACGACUCCAAACAAACAGACACAACUAGUUCAGAUACUAAAAUCACACGUGAUAGACGCGAAAGUAAGAAGAGUUCCUGGAGUACUAUCGAUUCGGGGGUUGAACUCACGAAACAGCCUUCCUUCGAGUUGAAAGAUUACUGGUUUGGGGAAGAAACAUUGAGCGAAUGCAGUGGCGAUAGCGUAGCGUUGUCUAGCUAUGCAGAAACUCCAUUUGACAUUAGCAGCUCAGAGGUUGGUGACACAGAAAAGUUGGUCUGGGAGGUGGAGUUUCCACAGAUUCUUUGUGGUCGUCUCAUCGGUCGCAAGGGGAAGAACGUCAAAGUAAUAUCUGACAACUCUGGUGCAAAAAUACGACUGAUUCCUCAAUCUCCUGGUGAGGUUUCUACCCACCGAAUCAUUUCUAUCUUAGGGGAAUGCUCACAGAUUAAGUCAGCUUUGGACGCCAUUCAUGACAAGUUCCCAGCCGUGCCCUUAAACCGUAUAAAUGCUGCAUCGGCACAAGCAGCACCGAUAGUCACUCCGAUAGUCACUCCCAUGGCGAUUGCCACUCCUGUGCCUUACGUCCAGACUGUUCUUCCAAACAUGGCCAACUUUAAUGUCGUCGUUACGAGCGUGUUGGAUGCAAACCAUUUCUUUAUCCAGCUGCAUAACGAUGGUGUACAAGCACAGUUACAACAGCUUCACCAGACAAUGCAGGAGUGUUACGGCCAAGGAGCUGCAAUGCCUCUAACUAUGCCUCUUCCACAUCCAAUAAUUGUGGGCUCAUAUUGUGCUGCUCCUGCCUUCACCUACGAUGGCUGGUACAGGGCUCAGGUUUUUGGUCCCACUGGAAAUGGAGACGAAGUUCAGGUUAAAUAUCUAGAUUAUGGAGGAUAUGGGAGAAUUGCUGCUUCGUCGCUCCGACAACUAAGGUCGGAUUUUCUCAGCUUUUUGCCCUUCCAAGCUGUCGAAUGUUACUUGGCCAACGUGGCACCGCUGAACGGGGAAAGUUUUUCGUUAGUUGCAUCUGCUGUCUUGGAGGACUUGACCAUGAAUUCUGUGCUAACAGCUCGUAUUAUAGGACAUCGUAACCAGCUACCCUGUCUUGAGCUCUACCUGGUUCAAGGACAACAGACAAUUAUGAUUAACAGAGAGUUGGUUAACAGAGGUCUUGCGAGAUGGGUCGAGUCCUGAAGCAAGCUCCAGAGCACCUCGAAGAAAUCAGCACAGGGCCUGCAUUUCGUCGAGCGUGUGUAGUAAGAAGGACAGGGCUCGAAGAGUGUAAUAAAAUCCAUUAUGAUAUAGAAUCACAGGCAAAUCUCCACAGGUAACCCGUUCUGUUGCAAACAGAUAAAAUUAACAGAGGAAGCCUUUAUGUUAGACAAUCCCAAUGAAAGCAAAGCAGAAAGCUUAUUACUAAUGAAAUCGAAAGGUAGCAGAGAAAAGAACAAUCCUUUUCGAACUUAUCCUUACUUUGCCUAACAUUACUUGCCUCUAAGGUGUAAUAACUCCAAGAAAUUAACGCAUAAUUGAGGUGUUUCUCUAGGUUGGAAUCAUCGACUCUCAGAUUUUACAAUUUGCUUUUCUGAACUCAAAGAAAGACUGGAAAGGAGCUCGUGGCGCAAAGGAUUGUGGGAGACAACAUAACGAAACAUCAAUCAGCUGAUAAAAGUCUUUGAAUCUCAUAGUUAUCGUUAUCUGCUCGGAAUAGUGGUCAAACACUGAUCCCCUUGUGCUUUCACUCAGAAAAAAUUCCAUCGAACUUGUGAUUCUUCUGAUGAACAUUCUGCACAAGACAGGAAAUGACGCAAAGUGAAACCAAACACUUCAACCCACAAUCCUAUGCGCCACGAAAACCUUACAAGUCUUCUUCUGAACUUCGGAAAAACGAUCUCAUUUUUGUUCUUUAGUUGCCAUAGAAACUAAAUUGUCAUGUGUUCACAAUGGGACAAAACUAAGCAAAGCUCAAUGGGGCUUUCGCUCGACUAGUGAUGUAUUUGAAUGGAAAAAUCAAACAAGGAAAACUAAGACAGAAUUUUAUUAAAGCCUAUUAAAAAACGCCUUAAUAGUAUCUAUUAAAAGUGUAAUGAAAUUUAUUCAAAUAUGUAAUUUAUUUUUGAAUUCCAAUUGCAAAUGUCGGCUUCUUAUUGGCUGUGUUUGUUGCUAUGGCAGCCGAGUGCUAAAGAACAAUCAGUACAAAUGAAAUUCAUUAUAUUAUUGUGAAAUUAUGAAAUUCAUACGUUAAUAUAUUCAAAUCUAUACAUUCGUUUAAAACACGUUUAAUAUAUUCAUAAUAUAUUAAUAAUAUUCUAUUUAGAGCAGGUCUUAGGCAUGAUGUUGAAAUUGUUCGCCUCGGGAUGACCGAGGAGGAAUGGACUCCAGUUAGUUUGGCUUAAUGUUGUACCCCACUUAGCUGUUAUUUCUCUUUUUGGUGUUCUCUCUUGGUCAUAGUUAGCCUUGAUAACCAUGUUCCCGCUGAACUGGGGUUAAGAACUUGACAUCAAAUGUCAAUAUAUAUACACAUACACAUAUAUACACAUACACUUAAACCAUUAUACCACACCCACACACGAUCCAUCCUCAUACUCACACCUAAUACAUACACAUUAAACAAUUACACCAAAACCACACCUACUCGCCAAUCAACAUGACCAUCAUUCACCCACUCCAACCAAUCCCCACACUUAUCUUUGUAAUCCGCACCCACCGACCUAUUACUUGAACAACCCAUUCACCAACUAAUCGACCUACCUAUCAAUCACUUUACAUGAACCUACACAAACAUUACCUACAACACCAACUAUCCCAAAAAAAACCUGGCUAAGUCUUCGGUGUUUUCAAAGGCUCACGCUGAUCAAGAAGUGUUAUCUCCCAAUUUUCACCUAAAUAAACCCCAAUAUAUGUUGCAUGCUUUGAAACGCUUAUUAACAAACAACAUUAAGGCAAGUUAAACGAGUCUGUCCUGAGUCGUAUCCAGUCUUGCUCUUCCAAAAAUAGAUUAAGUCUUGCGUGGACCUGGUAACUAGGCCCGGAUUCGUCCCAUGCAAUUUCGUUUUGAAAAACAGAGCAAUGACUGGAUUCGAGUCAGAAAAAUUAGAGCAUUUUUUAUGAGCCAAUUUUUCGUUAGAAUGAAUAUUUUUAUCGUCCAGUGAGGAUAAGUAUCUUAGUUCCAAGACAAAAUGUGAUCCUGAGACAAAAUCAUUAGAUCGAACAAUCUAAUUGGUUACGAGAACCUUCGUAGAAAAAGCUACCUAAUUGGUUAAAUAAAUUUUGCUAACGAUAAAAAUGCUUUUGAGUAGUUAAGUCAAACAAUUUCAAUUGUAAGUUAAACAAGCAUUAA